UUUCCGGCAUUGCUAUAAACCCUAUCAUAUCUUACAGAUUUAGUUCUAUGGAGAAUCAUCAUUCAGUGAGUCAGUGAUGAUUCACUCCUGAACAAUGCUUUUUAUUUCCUUCAUUUUAAGCCAUCAUUAUUCUACAUGGCCAUGGCUGUGUUCAUGUUGCGUCAAGGACAGGAAAAACAAAAGGUGGAUGGUACUAUGGUGGCGUACUAUCAAACAAGACGAGUGUGUGUGUGUGUGUGUGUGUGUGUGUACUUAUAUUAUACAAUACUUUAUUUCAACAAACGUCAAGCUGGUGGCUGUAGCUAGAAGUAGGCUAUGGACUGGAGUGGACAGAGAACAUUCACGAAUAGUAGCUGAUGGCAGUGUGCGGCAUUUUGUUGUGCUACCACAAUAUUUGCCGGUUACGGUAGAACGACUUUGUGGUCUUACUGUAUUUUGGUGAAAUUAUUAUUCCACGAGACGGUGUAAUCCUAAGCUGUACUGCGUAAAUGGCAUAUCACAAAUGAAGCUCCCGCUGAACUGAACCAAUGAGAAGUCCUGCUUCUCCUAAACGGACCAAUCAGAGAAGAAGCUGGUGACGUCAGCCUUCAUAUAUAUACCAUAUUCUCGGACAAGUGCGGAGCAGUCGCGACAUCACGAGGACAGCGUCUACAGUACCUCGGGAGACCGACAAUAAACCUUUCACUUUAUCAAAAUGCGUGAGUGUAUUUCAAUCCACGUUGGGCAGGCUGGUGCCCAGAUGGGCAAUGCCUGCUGGGAACUGUACUGCUUGGAGCACGGAAUCCAGCCUGAUGGCCAGAUGCCCUCUGACAAGACCAUCGGUGGAAAUGAUGAUUCUUUCAACACUUUCUUCAGCGAGACUGGAUCGGGCAAGCAUGUUCCCCGUGCAGUGUUCGUAGAUUUGGAGCCAACUGUUAUCGACGAGAUCAGAACUGGAGUAUACAGACAGCUAUUCCACCCCGAGCAACUCAUUACUGGUAAGGAGGAUGCUGCCAACAACUACGCUCGUGGCCACUACACCAUUGGGAAAGAGAUUGUGGAUAUUGUUCUGGACCGUAUUCGUAAGCUGGCAGACAACUGCACUGGCCUUCAGGGUUUCCUUAUCUUCCAUUCCUUUGGUGGUGGCACUGGCUCUGGCUUCACUUCCCUGCUCAUGGAAAGGUUGUCUGUUGAUUAUGGUAAGAAGAGCAAGCUCGAAUUCGCCAUCUACCCCGCACCUCAGGUUGCCACUGCUGUUGUCGAGCCCUAUAACUCCAUUCUGACCACCCAUACGACUCUGGAACAUUCCGACUGUGCCUUCAUGGUUGACAACGAAGCAAUAUAUGAUAUCUGUCGCAGGAAUCUUGACAUCGAGCGCCCAACUUACACCAACCUGAACCGCCUGAUCGGCCAGAUCGUGUCCUCCAUCACAGCUUCUCUGCGUUUCGAUGGUGCCUUGAACGUUGACCUGACCGAGUUCCAGACCAACUUGGUGCCCUAUCCCAGGAUUCACUUCCCCUUGGUGACUUACGCUCCUGUCAUCUCUGCGGAAAAGGCCUACCAUGAGCAGCUGUCAGUGUCUGAGAUCACCAAUGCUUGCUUCGAGCCUGCUAACCAGAUGGUGAAGUGCGAUCCGCGUCACGGCAAGUACAUGGCAUGUUGCCUGUUGUACCGUGGUGACGUGGUACCCAAGGACGUGAACGCCGCCAUCGCAACCAUCAAGACGAAGAGGAGCAUCCAAUUCGUGGACUGGUGUCCUACUGGGUUCAAGGUGGGCAUCAACUACCAGCCACCAACUGUGGUGCCUGGUGGUGACCUGGCCAAGGUGUCCCGUGCCGUGUGCAUGCUGUCCAACACGACUGCCAUCGCCGAGGCUUGGGCACGCCUUGACCACAAGUUUGACCUGAUGUACGCCAAGCGCGCCUUCGUGCACUGGUACGUUGGUGAGGGUAUGGAGGAGGGCGAGUUCACAGAAGCUCGUGAAGACCUUGCUGCCCUGGAGAAGGACUACGAGGAGGUGGGCGUUGACUCUGCUGACGCUGAAGGCGAGGAGGAGGGAGAAGAGUACUAAUUCUUAAUACAUUUCUUCUGAGACUGUCCCUGAAUAAACUUUAAUUACCA